GCGCGCGCCAACGCAUGAGCAGUCGGCUACAGGAGAACUGCAGGUAAACUUUUCUCAUGAUCUCACGCUGUUAAGGUUCACUCAGUUUGAAAUGACGUCGUUCGCGAGAACCGAAGUUAUGUCAAGGACAAAACGAGUAACCGGUGAAAGAAAAGAAGUUCCUGGAAACGGAGGAGUGAGGCGGGACGCUGCGGUUCAAACUGGGAGAUUCCUCAGAGCCUUGACUUCUCUACUCAGCGCGCACCCGGCGCAAACUCUUAGACAGAGUUGAUUGUUAGCCGGAUUACACUCGCAGCUCGGCGGACUGAAGGAGCCAUUCAUCCUGACAUGUCACUUUGUUUGCGACAACAACAACAACAGCAACACCAACAGGCCCAAGGUAUGAGCAGUGGAUUAUCGUAUCCUGUGUAAAGCAGAUUUUACAAACAGCAACUACUUGAAUCAACUUCCUCAUGAGCUCAGAGCUUCUAAUAAAUCAGCUUCAGCCAUGAGUGGAAAAGGUUGUCAGCUCCUGGUGUCUCCGUGCAACGUGUCCCCAUCACUGAGCAUGAUCAGAGGACACCAGCCCCAGUCCAUCAGGAUACCCGUGUCUUCUCCACAACGGCCCAAUCUGAGUCCCUCCUCGGGCGUGGAGAAAGUGAGAAGAAGGCCCACCAAUUCAUUAGCCUCUGGGAAACAAGACAGAAGCCAUGUUGUCCUACCAACACUCAGUCUCCGCAGACAGGUGUUGACCAAUGGGAAACAUCUAAACAUGCCGACUCAAUCUCUACACCAGCAAGUGCCUGCUCAUCACACUCCAACCAAAACAGUGACAUCUACCACACAGACAGGACUCUGUUCCGCUAACAACAGCUUCAAAGGUUGCUCUGUGUCUGGGCCUACCAUGGAAGUGUUUGGUCAGCCAGCUGCUCAUAACCUCAUAGUGAGCAGUUGUCCCAUGACUGUUGUCAGAGGCCAACAGUAUACUGCAGGGCUUGCAGCACCACAUCCUCCAUCACAUCCACAUAGUGUGCAGAUUCCCCACACUGAUACCAGAUCCUUACCGUCCAGAGAAUCGCUGGCAUCCACUACCCUAAGUCUGUUUGAAACACAGUCAAUGUUUAGUGGCAGACAUGACUGGACAUAUGGCUACCGUGUGCUUCCUCCACUGGGUCUACCACAGAGCACCACCCAGGCCAGUGAGGGAGGUGUGCAGCUCAGCCUUUCCCCUAGCACAGCCAUGUCCGGCACGACCGUAUCAGGUGGCACGAGCACUUCUGCCUCCCUGCCCUCGUACCUUUUUGCAGGUGACGCUGGAAGCCCCAGGCAGUCUCGGGCUAAGAAGAGAGCUCUCUCCAUGUCUCCGUUGUCAGAUGUCAUUGGUACUGAUUUCAACUCCAUCAUACGCACCUCACCUACCUCGCUUGUGGCUUAUAUCAACGGUUCCCGCAGCUCUCCAUCCUCCCACCCCACACUCUCACCCGUCCAGUCUGAAAGUUUAGGCCACUUCCUGGGUGUGAGAGGCUGCUGCAUCCCCCAGGUCCAUCCAUACAGCAUGCCAGGCUCUUCUCAGGCUCUGGCCCCUCUGACAGAGUGUAGCCGUAUACAGAUGCUCGAAGAGGGAGGAGGUCUAGAGAGCCAGAUGGCUAACAUGGUGGUGGAGCAGCAGUGCCUCCCAGACGAAGGAGGGGCAGUGGAGAAAACAUCAGAGAGCUGCAGCGAAACCACCAACAACCUGCUGCCACAUCUACACUUACAGCCAGCCCUGUUGACUACUAUCCAAGAAGCUGCUACUCCACAGGGGCCUCCACCACCCUACCAUUCACACCAGCACAUCCAUCUCACUAGACGUCACAGCAAAAUAAAGCCCCUCUCUCAGGACCCUCUUGCACAGGCUCCUGUGGUUCCUCCCAGGCAUGGGGUUAGCUUUUUACCCCAAGUCCCAAUGUUGGAGGAGGAAGAAGGAGAACUGGAGGACUAUGGGACCCACUGCUGCAUGUGGUUGAACUGCAGUGCAGUGUAUGAGCAAAAGGAGGAACUGGUAAGGCACAUAGAAAAGCUACAUGUGGACCAGCGGAAGGCUGAGGAUUUCACAUGCUACUGGGUGGGCUGUCCACGCAACUUCAAGCCCUUUAAUGCCCGAUACAAGCUUCUUAUCCACAUGAGGGUCCAUUCAGGAGAGAAACCCAACAAGUGCACGUUUGAGGGCUGCAAGAAGGCAUUCUCUCGGCUAGAAAAUUUGAAGAUCCACCUGCGUAGCCACACGGGGGAGAAACCCUACCUGUGUCAGCAUCCAGGUUGUCACAAGGCCUUCAGCAAUUCAAGUGACAGAGCUAAACACCAGCGCACGCACCUGGAAACAAAGCCAUACACGUGCCAGGUGCCCGGUUGUGCAAAGCGUUAUACUGAUCCCAGCUCCUUGAGGAAACACGUGAAAUCCCACUCUACUAAAGAACGACAGUUGCGGAAGAAGAUGAAAUCCACUACUGGUGUGACCCAGGACUCGCUGACAGACUGUUUAACCAUCCACCCUCUGCAACAGAGCCUUUCUCCUCUGGCAAGGAUAGACAGCACCUUGAACUCUUCCCCUGGCGCAUCCUAUGAGUCAUACUCUGGUUUAUCCAUUAGAUAUAUGCUGUGGUGGACAUCCCUGAAGUGUCUGUCAUCCCUAUUCCUCAGCUGCCCCACAGGGACAAGACUCCUCCAGCGAUCCUCACCUGGCUCUGUUGUGUUCUUUCGAAAACGAUUACAGCUCUUCCCUGGGGACCAGCCUGGGCCUUGCUCUUCCACCUGCCUCCCGCAACCUCCCAAUGGGACAUCCCUGCAGAACAACCGAGAUCUGAAGCACCCCAGCCAGCCUCCUGAUCUAGCAGAUCACAGUCCAGAGCUCUCAGAGCAGAUGAAGAUGCUAUAUUCUCCUCCACAAUAUGGUGGGAUUACAGCGCAGACCAACUCGAGUCACUUGAUGCAAGAUGAUGCCUUUGGUGACAACCUCCCGCCAGCAGUCAAUAUUCCCAGUGGGGUGGCCACCUUACAGACAGCUCUUUCCUGCAUUGCGGGAUUUGAUGUCCACAGCCACGCACAGGAAGUGCCUCCUAAUCAAGAAUUGCGUGAAGGGGAUUUCUUCAGUGUGGUGGACCACUGCACCGACCAGGUCUCCAGCAUUUAUACAGAGGGAUGAGAUCACUCGGUUGACAGUUUUGUUCCUUUGCACUGUUUUGUGUCCCUGUUUCAUAAAGUCAAACGGUCAGUGGGAAGAGCACUCUGCGAGCUGGUGGUGGCUUUUUUAAGCCGAAUGAAAGGAUAUUUGAUGAUAUCUAAAAUGUUGCUCUCUUGGUUAGACAACAUCUGACUCUUACAUUCUCAAUUUUUCUCUCUUCAACUGAACAUCUUAAUGGCUCAAAACUUUGGCACCUGUGUCCCUAAUCAAAGGAUAGUAAUUAUUGAGCCUACGGGAUUUUAAUGUUUACUUUCUGAGUUUUUAUAUAGCUUGUGUGAAAUGUGUAGUAAGUGCUUCAGGCGUGACUUUCACACAAUAUUCAGCACUGCAAUUGAAGCAAAGUAUGCAAUGCAAAGGAUAAUUUAUUAAGGUUUUUCUUAGAACCGGGGCUUUGUAACUAUAGAAACAAGACGGCCUCACUAUUUCACUGUAAUGUUCAUAGACAUAACCUGUUGUUAAUCUGCUAUGAGUGCUCCUGUGCC